AUGGCGGCCAAGCCCGGCAGCGCUGCUUUGGAGGUGCAGCACCAGGAUGGCUGCCUGGUCACCUCUGGCGGCACCGUGGUGCUUGAGCAGCUGGCUGGGGAGGUGCGCGUGCGGCAGCUGGGUGCUGCCGCCGUCAUCGGCCUGGAGCACCCAAGCGGUCAACCUGUGGCUGCCGCCGACUUCUCAGUGGGCAAGGUGGGUGCUGGCUGCGUGGCCAUCGCGGCCUGUAACUGUGCCUCAACAUCUGCCAUCAAGCACACCCACCACCCAGUGCCACGCGUGCUGCUCGCAACCCCCAGCACUGUGCUGCCUCCGCGCCGGCGCCGGCGCCGCUGCCCGGCGCCCACCCGCCGCCAUUGCACCCUCGCUCCUCCCGCCCCGCCCUGCCCGCAGCUCAGGGCCAGCCGGUUCCUGGCCCUGGGGCGUACCAGCCUGUGGUGGAUGACGCCCGCCUGGGGCUGCAGCACCCAGCAUAUCCCUGAGGAGACGCAGUGCCUGCUGCUGGAGCUGGAGGCGGGUGGCGGCUACGCGCUCAUCCUCCCGCUCAUCGACAGUGGCACCUUCAGGGCCACCCUCAGGCCGGCCAGCACCGGGGAUGGCGGCCUGGUGGCGCGCGUCGAGAGCGGCGCGGCGGCUGUGCAGGCGGCGGCCUGGCCAGGCGCGCUGCUGGUGGUGGCCGGGCGCGACCCAUUUGAUCUGCUGGAGCGAGGCGUGACCGCCGCCGCCCGCCUGUCGGGCACCGCCAAGCACCGCUCCCAGAAGGAGGUGCCCCCUGCCUGCGACGUGUUCGGGUUCUGCACGUGGGACGCUUUCUACAGCAGGGUCAGCGCGUCGGGCAUCCAGGCUGGCCUGGCCAGCCUGGCGGAGGGAGGGGUGCCCCCUAAGCUUCUCAUCGUCGACGACGGCUGGCAGCAGACAGAUGUGGACGAGCAGUAUCGGCAAGCAGACCAUACACGGCGCCUGGUGUCCAUCAAGGCCAACGCCAAGUUUGGCGGCCCAGAUUCCGGCCCCGACCACGGCCUCAAUGCAGUGGUGGCACAGCUGAAGCAGAGGUACGGCCUGCAGCACGUCUUCUGCUGGCACGCCAUGGCCGGCUUCUGGGGCGGCCUGGGCCUGCACGACCCGGAGAUGGCCAAGUACCGCCCCAAGCUGGUGCUGCCCACGCCCACCGCAGGCAUCCUGGCCACCGACCCCGCUGCCGCCUGGGUGCAGCCUGUCCUCAGCGGCGUGGGCCUUCCCGCCGACCCUUCUGAGCUGCAUGCCGACAUGCAUUCCUACCUGGCCAGCUGCGGCGUGGAUGGCGUCAAGGUGGAUGUGCAGAGCACGCUCGGCCUGCUGGGCAGCGGGCUGGGGGGCGGGCCCGCCACCGCCGCCGCCUACCACGCCAGCCUGGAGGCCUCGGCGCGCCGCCACUUCCCCGGCAACCAGCUCAUAAACUGCAUGUGCCACUCCACAGGUGACUCACCUCCCACCAACCCCGCCUCCCACACCGCCCACAUCGCCAACUGCGCCUUCAACACGCUGUUCAUGGGGGAGCUGGUCAUCCCCGACUGGGACAUGUUCCACAGCCAGCACGUCAAGGCCCUGCUCCACGCCACCGCCCGCGCCGUCAGCGGCGGCCCCGUCUACGUGUCUGACCGCCCAGGCCGCCACGACUGCGGCCUGCUGCGCCGCCUGGUGCUGCCCGACGGCGGCGUGCUGCGCUGCCGCCUGCCGGGCCGCCCCACCGUCGACUGCCUGUUUGCCGAUGUCAGCCGGGACGGUGCCACCGCGCUUAAGGUGUGGAACGCCAACGCCUACACAGCCGUGGUAGCUGUGUUCAACGUCCAAGGCUCCGCCUUUGACCGCUCCCUGCGCCGCUUCCACACGCACGACGAGCAGCCGCUGGCGCUGGCCGCCGAAGUGGGCGCCGCCGACGUGCCGCCGCUGGCGGGGCAGGCUGGCGUGGAGCUGUUCGCGGCGUAUGCCGACGGCAGCGGGGAGCUGGUGCUGCUGGCGCCCGGGGAGCGGCUGCGCGUGGGCGUGGCGGGCGGCGGCGGCUGCGACGUGGUCACGCUCAGCCCGGUGGCGGCGGCGGGUGGCGUCCAGGUGGCGCCCAUCGGGCUGGUGGGCAUGCUCAAUGCUGGAGGAGCGGUGCUAAGGUGGGGCGCGUGUGGGAGUGUGUGCUGCACCCUGUCGGGCGGCCACUCCGACGACGGCUUUGAGGUGCAGCCGGUGCGGGCGGCGCUGCAGCUGCGCGGCGCCGGAGACGUGCUGUGCUACACGUCGCACCAGCCGAUCAGCGUGAGCGUGGAGGGGCAGGAGGCGCCCUUCUCCUACGACGCAGACGAGGCCACGCUGCGCUUUGAGCUGCCUGCGGGCGCAGCCGCGAGCGCUGCCAAGCACGUGACGGUGCAGUUCUAG